UAAUUAUAUUACAUAUUUUAUUUACUGACUAAUAUAUUUCAUGUGGUACUAUUUUUGCCUUUUACUACAAAACUCCGUACAAUAGAAUCCUUAGCCACGUACUACUAGCGUACAAUAGAAUCUUAGCCACGGAGUGAAAGAAGUUUUAAAACAAUCCAUUGCGAUUGUUAAGGUGAUGAUCUCAAUAUUAUAUUUAUUGAUUACAGAAUCUCAGCUCAUGUGAUUGAAUUUCAUAUAUCGAUUGUUGUAUAAUCCAUUGUGAUAAAUAAUAAUAGUGAUUUGUUUGUUUUAUAUUUUCUCUAGUUAUAAAAAGGAUGCGUACGAUUAAACAUGAGCUAGUUUACGAUUAGCAAUACUAUGGUAGGGUGUGGUGAUGAUGGACCGAAUCGUCAUUCCUUUAUUGUUGUUAUGCAGUAUGUGGGUUGUGCAAGCAGCCGUCGAUUGCAGAUCAAAAGGUGCUGGUCGAUUUGCAGACCCGGAUGACGACAAAUGUAAAAACUACACUCUAUGCAUUUACGUGAAGACCUCAGACAGCUAUCUGGCGUACAACGCCGUCUGUCCGAGCAUAUCGCUGUUCAACCCUCACGUGUCCAGAUGCACUGCGCCUUCCAACUACGUAUGCAACCGGACCAUCCCUUUGCCCAACCCUGUGCACACCACUACUUGUACCUACGACGGGUUCAUCGCAGAUCCUGAGCCGACCAAUUGCACUACUUACAUUCAGUGUGUUAAAAUCAAAGGUGAAUUUACUCAAUUGAGGCAUCGUUGCCCUCGGACGACGUUCUUCAAUCCAAAUACGACAUUAUGUGAGUCAAAUUACACCUGUACGAAGUUUCAGUGUACUACUCCCGGGAGGAUAGCUAAUUUGGCAGACUUUACCUGUCGAAAGUAUUAUUACUGUGUGCAAUUGUUUAACGGGACUUUUGCUCAAUUUAACUACAGCUGUCCUGAAAAUUCAUUUUUCAAUCCAGCAACUAAAUUGUGUACCACACAAUAUGUGUGUCGGUAAAGUUGUUCAUGUAAAUCAUAUGUUUUAGGUUUUUUUUUAUAAAACUCUAUUGGCCCGUGCCUACAAAAAAAAAAUAUAAUAAAUUAAUUUAUCAUGUAUUGUAAAUAAAUAAAAAUAUUUCUAAACCAAAAAAAAUGGGAAAUGGGUCUAAAAUAAUAAUAAAUUAAAAUUACUUAACUAUGAAUAAGUGCUCGUAUUUCAUUCAGAGAUGAGAACCACAAAACUGAUGCUGUCGUAUAUGACUUCACAACUAGAAUAUGACAUAAUGA